AAUCCCACACAUAACUCACCACCAAAUCAUAUCAUUUACCUACAAAUAUAUUUUGUUGCAUACCAACUUCUUUCCCUCCCUCACCCCCACCUCAUCCAACCUAUAAUCUAGCUACCAUGGUUUCGGAGCAGGGGCAAUCGACGAAGAACGUGUGCGUGAUCGGCGCCGGACCGUCGGGGCUGGUGGCGGCGAGGGAGCUAAGGAAAGAGGGACACACGGCGGUGGUUUUGGAGCAAAACCACGACAUAGGUGGGCAGUGGUUGUACGAACCAAACGUGGAGAAGGAAGAUCCACUGGGGAAAAACAAAUUUCUAGACGUACAUAGUAGCGUGUACGAUUCACUAAGGAUUGUAUCCCCAAGGGAGAUCAUGGGUUUCACUGAUUUCCCAUUUGUGUCGAAGAAAAACAGGGACACGAGGAGAUUCCCAGGUCACAAGGAGCUGUGGUUGUAUCUUAAAGAUUUCUGUGAAUAUUUUGGGUUGAAGGAAAUGAUAAGGUUUAAUACCAGGGUUGAAUAUGUGGGGAUGCUGGACUAUGGUGUUUUCGGGAAAGAUCUAAAGUGGGUGGUUAAAAGCAAAGAAAAAAAGGGUGAAAAAAGGGUGGAAGAGGUGUUCGAUGCUGUGAUUGUUGCCACGGGUCAUUACUCUCAACCUAGGUUGCCUUCCAUUAAAGGAAUGGAUGCAUGGAAAAGGAAGCAAAUUCAUAGUCACGUCUAUAGAGUUCCAGAGCCAUUUAGGAAUGAGGUGGUGGUGAUAGUGGGAAAUUCACUAAGCGGGCAAGAUAUAUCAAUGGAGAUAGUGAAAGUGGCAAAGGAAGUGUACCUCAGUGCCAAAUCCCUGGAAGUUAUUACCGAAGGUUUAUCCAAUGUCAUUUCCAAGCAUCGGAACUUGCAUCUUUACCCACAGAUACAGUCUCUUCAUGAAGAUGGAAGGGUUGAGUUUGAAGAUGGCUCUUGUGUCAUAGCUGACACUAUCAUAUAUUGCACUGGGUAUUCAUACGCAUUCCCAUUUCUUGACACCAAAGGAAUAGUAGGUGUUGAUGACAAUAGAGUGGGACCCCUUUUUGAGCAUACUUUCCCACCAUCGCUUGCUCCUUCCCUCUCUUUUAUUGGCAUUCCAAGAAAGUUAAUAGGGUUCCCUUUCUUUGAAUCACAAGCAAAAUGGAUAGCACAAGUGCUUUCGGGGAAAAGAGAAUUGCCAUCCUAUGAUGAUAUGAUGCUCUCUAUCAAAGAGUUUUAUCGCUCAAGGGAACUCGCUGGUAUUCCCGUCUCCGAUACUCACGACAUUGCCAAUUUUGAGUAUUGUGACAAGUAUGCAGAUUAUAGUGAAUCCCCACAUUUGGAAGAAUGGAGAAAACAAUUAUGCUUGUCAGCAAUAGUGAAUUCAUUCACCAAUUUGGAGACUUACAGGGAUUCAUGGGAUGAUGGUGAUGAUGAAUUGCUCCAGCAAGCUCUUCAAAGCCCUCAUUUCACUCAACUUGGGGUUCAACCUUAAAUGAAUUUUGCUAUAUGUGUCACUUUUUAUUUUUAUUUUUUUAAAAGAAAUAAUUCUCUUUUAUUUUUUAUGGGUUUUUUUGAGGGAGAGUUGAAAUAUUUGUUUGUUUAUUUUUCCAGUUUUGCUUGAUUUCGAACCUAGUUCUAAGGCUAUGCUUGUUUAAGAAAUAUGUUAUAGGCUUUAAUAUAUGGUGAUUAUUGAAGGUAUAUUGGUUAAAUAUUA